AUGACCUACCUGCCCGGCAUCUUGUUUCCUUCUCGGGCCUGGGCAGGAGCGGAGAAUAUCGUAUUCUGUCUCUGGCGGCUGCAAGCUCCCGCGGGGGGCGCGAUGACGCUGCUCAUCGCCGAGAAGGGCAAAUCACGCGUCUGGUCUUUCCCAGUCGGCGGAGUGAGCGUGACCACAAACCUCGCCGUGCAAGUACUAGAGCCGAAGCAGAGUCAGACGGGCCUCAAUGCAUAA